AUGUUCCGAAGCGCAGUUGCAGGACGUUUGUUGGCGGUCAGGCCCUCAAUUGGUGGGGUUCGUGCGUUUAGCUCAACUCCUGCGGCACAAGUGGCCGCCGAAGUCAAGAGUCUCGGAGUAGUUGGCGCUGGACAGAUGGGUCUGGGAAUUGCGUUGGUUGCUGCGCAAAAGGCAAAUAUCCCCGUUACUUUGGUUGACAACUCCCAAGCGUCUUUAGACAAGGGGCUCAAGUUUGCCGAAAAACUCCUUGCCAAAGAUGUUGCAAAGGAGCGCAUCACACAGGAGACUGCUGACAAGGUCCGCUCAAUGCUCACCCCAACCACAAAACUCGAAGACCUCUCAAGCUCCGACUUCAUUAUCGAGGCUGUCCCUGAAAUCCCAGAUCUCAAGACCUCGAUCUUCUCCAAGCUGGUUCAAAUUGCUCCUGCUCACGCCAUCCUUGCCACAAACACUUCCUCCAUCUCAAUCACUCGAAUUGCCGCCGCAACUACCAAUGAUCCCAAGGACCUUUCUGGCCCAUCCCGCGUUAUUUCUACUCAUUUUAUGAACCCCGUCCCCAUCCAAAAGGGAGUGGAAAUUAUUACCGGCCUUCAAACUUCCCAAGAUACCAUCGACACCUCUCUCGAGCUGAUGAAGCGAAUGGGUAAAAUCGCCGCUCGAUCCACAGACUCACCUGGAUUCCUAGCAAACAGAAUCCUUAUGCCAUAUAUCAACGAGGCAAUCUCAUGUCUGGAGAAUGGGAUUGGCACCAGGGAGGAUAUUGACAGUAUCAUGAAAUACGGAACUAACGUUCCCAUGGGCCCCCUGACUCUUGCUGAUUUCAUUGGUAUCGAUACAUGUUUGGCCAUCAUGAAUGUUCUGCACCAAGAAACUGGAGACAGCAAGUACCGGCCCGCAGGACUGUUGAAGAGAAUGGUUGACGCCGGCUGGGUGGGCAAGAAGGCUGGAAAGGGCUUUUACGAUUAUUAA